AUGCCGAAGAACAGUAAAGUGACCCAACGGGAGCACAGCAAUGAGCCCAUCACGGAGUCUGUGGCCGACCUGCUGGCUGGGGAGGAACCCAUGGACUACAAGCGCAGCGUGCUCAACAUGGGCGCUGCCCCGCCCGCCAAGAACAAGGACAUGGAGAACCCCGCGGAGAUCGACGACAGGCCGGCCUGGAACAACAAACUGCAGUACAUCCUGGCUCAGAUCGGCUACUCGGUGGGUCUGGGGAAUGUCUGGCGUUUCCCCUACCUGUGUCAGAAAAAUGGUGGAGGUGCUUAUCUAGUUCCGUACUUCAUCCUGCUCCUCAUCAUUGGGAUCCCGCUGUUCUUCCUGGAGCUUGCAGUGGGCCAGAGAAUAAGGAGAGGAAGCAUUGGUGUAUGGAACUACAUCUGUCCUCGGCUGGGAGGCAUCGGCUUCGCCAGUUGUAUCGUUUGUUUCUUUGUCGGCCUCUACUACAACGUCAUCAUCGGCUGGAGUAUAUUCUACUUCUUCAAAUCUUUUCAGUCUCCUCUCCCGUGGAGCGAAUGCCCACUAAUCACCAAUGGCAACGUUACCAUUGUGGAGCCGGAGUGUGAGAAGAGCUCAGCUACCACCUACUUCUGGUAUAGAGAAGCGCUGAAUAUCUCCGACAACAUCAAUGAUGGGGGAGGCCUCAACUGGAGGAUGACACUGUGUCUGCUGUCUGCCUGGUUUAUUGUGGGACUGUGCACAAUCAAAGGUAUCCAGUCAUCUGGGAAGGUGAUGUACUUCAGCUCUCUCUUUCCCUACGUCGUUCUGGUUUGUUUCCUGGUUCGAAGUCUCCUCCUCAGAGGCUCAAUUGAUGGAAUUAUUCACAUGUUCACUCCGAAGUUGGAGAAGAUGAUGGAAACGCAGGUGUGGAGGGAAGCGGCCACACAAGUCUUCUUUGCUCUUGGUCUCGGGUUUGGCGGAGUCAUCGCCUUCUCCAGCUACAACAAGAAAGACAACAACUGCCACUUUGAUGCAGCCCUGGUGGCCUUUAUCAAUUUCUUCACCUCCAUCCUGGCGACACUUGUGGUGUUUGCAGUUCUAGGUUUCAAAGCCAACGUGAUGAAUGAGAAGUGUGUGAUUACGAAUUCUGAAAAGAUUAUCGGAUACCUGAAUUCCGAUGUGCUGAGCCACGAUCUGAUUCCACCGCACAUCAACUUCUCUCACCUCACCGCCUCCGACUACGCAGAGAUGUACAGUGUGAUAAAGACCGUGAAGGAGGAUCAUUUCAAGGAACUCGGGCUGGACACGUGUCAGCUGGAGGAUGAGCUGAACAAGUCGGUGCAGGGGACAGGCCUGGCAUUCAUCGCCUUCACUGAGGCCAUGACCCACUUCCCAGCCUCGCCCUUCUGGUCCGUGCUGUUCUUCCUGAUGCUCAUCAACCUGGGGCUGGGCAGCAUGAUGGGAACCAUGGAGGGCAUCAUGUCGCCAAUUGUUGACACCUUUAAAGUACGCAAAGAGUUUUUAACAAUCAGCUGCAUCUUGAUAGCUUUCGCCAUUGGACUCAUCUUCGUCCAACGCUCCGGAAACUACUUUGUCACCAUGUUUGACGACUACUCUGCCACGCUGCCUCUCACAAUUGUGGUGAUUUUGGAAAAUAUCUCUGUGUCUUGGGUUUACGGGACGAAAAAGUUCAUGCAGGAGCUGACAGAGAUGCUGGGCUUCACCCCGUACAGAUACUACUACUACACCUGGAAGUACAUCUCCCCACUGGCCAUGGCUAUUCUCUUGGUGACCAGCAUCAUUCAGUUGGGCAUCACUCCACCGGGAUACAACGCCUGGAUAAAGGACACGGCUACGGAGCAGUUCGUGAUCUUCCCAGGCUGGGCCUUGGGCGUGACCAUCGCCCUGAUUGUGGUGGGAAUCCUUCCCAUUCCCAUCAUCUUCAUCAUCCGCCACUUCCACCUGGUGUCCGACGGCUCCAACACUCUGUCCGUCUCGUACAAGCAAGGCCGGAUGAUGAAAGACAUCUCCAACCUGGAUGACCACGACGAGACCAGGUUCAUCUUGAGCAAGGUCCCCAGCGAGGCACCAUCCCCCAUGCCCACUCACCGCUCCUACAAUGGACCCGACAGCAUCUCGCCAAUGGAAAUGACUGCAGCCAAUGGACGAUAUGGGGUUGGCUACCUGUCAGCCGGCACUCCUGAGUCUGAACUCUAAGACGGACCGGGAGCAGGGGACUCGACUCGGAAUGCAUUUGUAAUAUAGGGUGAAACCGUAAGUGGUGCAACGACUAAUCGUCAGUGGUUACUGGGGCAAACAACCCACGGCCAGCAGAUCAAUUGGACAGUGAUCUUCACUGGUAAAUAACCAAUCCAACAGUGCAAGCUGAGUGGUUGGUGGUAGCGUCUCCAGUCCUGGACCUUCAGCAGUGGAUCUGAUGCUGAAGCUGUGUCAGUGCGGGCACUGUAUGCAACAUUGGGAAUUGCUUUUAAUCAACCUGGCUCUAUAACAGCACAGGCAUCACAUACACCUCCCUAGUCAGCACAGAUAUAACACUGACAUAUUAAUCCAUAUAUAUUUUGUCCAUCAGCAUAAAUAGCACAUACACUAUGCCUAUAUAAGCACAGAUAUGCACAUAUUCCAGCCCUAUAACAAUGCAGGCACGUUAUAUAUAAGCACUUAUCCACAGCAGAUAAGAGCAGAAUCCUGUGUCUAUCCUCCAUCUGCAUGAGCAGAUUAAAUAUUUAGUACUUUGUGAUUAUUGCUGGUGAUACAGAGCCACAUUCUCUGCCUGCAGCAUAAUCAGCACAAAUGUCAAAUAGAUUUGAGCACAAGCGCCUUGUCUCCCAGUCCUGAUUUAGCACAAAUACGUUCAUAUAUUCAACAUAUCUGAAUAUAGAUGCAGGAAAUCUCGCAGUGUAUUAAAAGCAAAUAAUGCAUACAUAUCCUGUAUGUCAGUACAGAUGCCUGUAGAGUUAAUUGUCAAUGCAGAUGUCUCAUGUAAUAUCGACGUCAGUACAGAUGUGCCCCUAUACAUACUGUGCCAGUACAGAUGUUGGAUAUUGUAACCACAUAUCAGUGUAGGUGCUGCACACACCAUACUUGUGCCAAUAUGGAUAUAGCAUGUAAAAGCCAAGUAUCAUAUUGGAUAUUGCCAGCACUAGCCAAGUAUUUAAUCCAUAUAUUGCAUGUUUAAACCUGUACAGAUGUUGUACAUACUUGCUGUGUAUGACAGUAUACAUGAUGCAUGAUCUAGCCAUGUAUCAGGAUAAAUGGUGCAUGCACUGGCCAUGAAAUGUAGGCGUUGCAUGAACUAGCCAUAUGUGUAUAUAGUUGGUGUUGCAUAUACUAGCUGUGCAGCACCAGAAAUAUAUGUAUGUUAUCCGUCAAAGGUUCCAAGUGUCGGAUGCAUGGAUUAGUCCCCGUGUUCCUGUACAGAUGUUGCAUGUGCAAACCAAGUUACUAUUGCUGUUGCAUGUACUUGCUUUGUUACACAUACUGAAUGCAGAUGUUGCAUUGGCUGUCUCUGUCUGUGUACAGAGGUUGCAUGCAGCUGCCCAUUCUGCAUGGACGUUGUUUACCAGCCUUGUGAUAGUACAGAUGUUGCAUGAGUCGUGUGUCACUACAGAUGUUGUUUGUGCCAGCUGCUAAGUCUGUACAGAUGUUGCAUGCACUGGCCGUAUAUCAAUGCAGAUGUUGCAUGUUCUAACAGUAUUUCAGUACCAAUAUUGCAUGCAUUUGCCAAGUGUCAGAAGAGGUGUCGCAAAAACGCCUGCUGCAUCUUUACAGCUAUUGCAUGCACUUGAUGUGAGUAUAGAUGUGAAAGUGACAGCUAGGAAUAUAUAUAACAUAAUGCAUGUAUUAGCAUUAGCUGUGAUGUUCCAAGAACCAGCUGUGUUGUUAAUGCACAUGUGGCACAUACUUGCCACUUGUCAUUACAGAUGUUAUAUGCACUGUCGCUUCAGUGCUUAGUGCAGAUGUGAUAUGUACUGGCCACAUGGGUGUUGUAGGCACUGGCAGCUGGUGGCACAGAUGCCACAUGUACUGACUGCAGAGACGUUGAAUAUAGUUUGAGUUGAUAUUAGCUCCAUGGACUAAUACCAUAUCAAUGGAGUUACUGACUAUCUAGGUCCAGGUUUGUACUAACCCAGGGCUAAUGCAUUGUAAAGACUGAUUAAUCCAUGCACAAGUAAUGUAGCAUUUAAGGGAAAGAUUCCCCCAUCAGAUGGAUUAACUUCCACAGAUCAGGUCCCAUUGACCACAAGUCUGCAAACAGAAUGUGGACCAAGCACAAAUGAUAAGAGCACAUUGGUAUAUUGAAACACCAACUGUGGAAAGAGCAGGUCUCUGAAAGCAGAUAUUCCACACUGAAUCCACCUAACAUUUUCCAUAAACAUUGCAG